UUAACGGUUUUUAUUAACAAUAAGUUAUGAUGCAUAAUUAUUGAUAACUUUAUUGAAAAUUGUUUUUUAAUCAGUUUUGGGUGACAGUGAUGUGUGACGUCACAAAAGUUUCGAUAUAAAACUUCAAUUGCGUUUUAUUGCUUAUUUUAUAAAUAAUUCCAAUGACCACAUUAUUAAAUCGCAUUAUUUUUUUAAUAUUUGUAGCUAUAGACAGGAAACAUUAGACUAGUUGGAAGCCUUUGUUGACUAAAUCUAGUUUACAGAAAUAACAUUUGAAACGUAUUAAAAAAUAACAAGCUAACGUAUAUUUGUACAUAUAAUAAAUUGUAAUGAGUCAAUAAUUACUGACUUAUUCUAUUAAUGGAAUCGCGUAAUGUGUGCCAUGAUAUAAUUUAUUGAAAAUAAACUCAUUUUUUCGUUAAAUAAACGAUAAAUAUUUCUUAUUUUAAUUUCAACAAAUAUCAUUUAAAUUAUUUUCUUUGAAGCGUUCCAUGAAAAAAAAGACGAUUAUUGCAUUUAAAAAAUAUCCUCAUACUGAGAUCGUCAUAUAAUUUAAAAUUUUUAUAACUUUAACAGAUUUGUUUUACAUCUAUACUAUUUGGAGUUGUUAUAACGAAAACUAUUUUUAUAAUAAAAUCAAAUAUUCCUAUAAUAGAUAAAAAAAAACAAUUGCAAAAAGUAAUUCAAACACAUCAAAAUAUCAAAUUUAAUGAGAAACGAUUUGAAUACUUCUCUAUAUUAUCAAAUAUAAAGCGGUUUUUGGAAAAGUUUAAGAUUUAGAAGAUCCAGUCUCAUAUUACUUAUUGGAAGGAAGGUUUUCCGCUUGCACAUUUUAAGUAAAUGUCACUGAUGUUACAUCCGACCUCUAUCAAUAAUCUAUUUCUAGAUAUAGGCCAUUGAAUGUCAGGGCGACAUCCCUUCAUAAGUAACUGGGAUGAAAUCGAUUGGCUUCUAUUUACAUUACAACACUAGUUCACUUCUGUGACUUUGUCAAAAAAUGUAAUAUAUGUAAUUUAAUUUAAUUUUCAUGUUGGCACUUCUAACAAUAUUAAAUAAAAACGACAAUUAAAUGGUAAAAAUAUGUACGUAACCUUUCGAUUGUGAUAAAGCUCGUGCGGAACUAAUUUACGAUUGUCUCUAUUUAUCAAACCCAACAUUGUUUAGGUGUUUGCUAUUUUACUCAUUACACAAUAAUAUUAAAGAGAUAAAUUAAAUAAGUAAAACAUUUAAAUAGACUUUGACUAUUCACAUCAAGAUACUUACGUAGUUUUUUAUCGACGAGAUCCCAAAGGCAGGAUAACCAGAGGUUCAAGCGAUCAGUUCAAUUAAUAAUUAAUAUACCUGUGUUAUGUGAAGUGGUUUUAUUUGGUGUGAUCGUUGCCACAUGUUACCAAUGCGUAAGAUUGUCCACCGAGCCUGCUUCGUCAUCAGUCGCACGGUGUAUAUGACAUGUUGCUGUGGUUGUUGCUCCGCUCUUCGUCCUCGAUACAAGCGCCUGGUCGACAACAUCUUCCCCGCUUCCCCUCAGGAUGGGCUGGUCAAGUCGAAUAUGGAAAAACUCACCUUCUACUCGCUCUCCAGUCCAGAGAAGCUUGACAGGAUCGGGGAGUACCUGUUCCAGAAAGCCGCCCGGGAUAUUUAUAGACGACGGCAUGGUUUUGUGAUUAUCGCUAUGGAGGCUAUGGACCAGUUGUUGUUGGCCUGUCACUCGCAGACUCUCAACCUGUUCGUGGAGAGCUUCCUUAAAAUGGUGCAGAAGCUAUUGGAGUCCACCGACCCUCAGCUGCAGAUCCUGGCCACACAGAGUUUCGUCAGAUUCGCGAACAUAGAGGAGGAUACUCCGUCGUAUCAUCGCAGAUACGACUUCUUCGUGUCCAAGUUCUCCGCCAUGUGUCACAGUAACCACAACGACCAGGCGGUCAGAGACAACAUCCGGCUCGCUGGGAUACAGGGGCUCCAGGGCGUGAUAAGGAAGACGGUGUCCGACGACCUCGUGGAGAACAUCUGGGAGGCCCAGCACAUGGACAAGAUCGUACCCUCGCUGCUCUAUAACAUGCAGACAGCCGAGAAAUACGAAACGGUCACCUGUAUGGAGACGGACGCGAGGGACGGCUUGGAGGACGACCCGCCACGCCUCGCCGAGGCCUGUCUCAGGGAGCUGGUGGGCCGCGCCUCGUUCGGACACAUACGGAGCGUGCUCAGACCCGUGCUCACUCAUUUCGAUCGUCACGAACUGUGGGUGCCGAACGACUUCGCCGUCCACACAUUCAAAAUCAUCAUGUUCUCAAUUCAAGCCCAGUACUCGUAUAGUGCUGUAGAGGCUCUGAUGCAGCACUUGGACGCGGGGACCUGCGGGGACCCGGCCGCCAGGACCCGGGUCAGAGCCGCGAGGGCCGCGGUCCUUAGUAACAUAGUCGCCAUAGCAGCUGGAGAUAGUGUUGGUCCAUCAGUUUUGGAGAUCAUCAACAACCUCCUGACCAACCUGAGAACGUCUGUGGCGAGAGAUUCAGAGAAGGAGUCGGACGAGAGGUUGUACCAGGAGGCUCUCAUCAACGCGCUGGGGGAGUUCGCGGACCACCUGCCCGACUACCAGAAGAUAGACAUCAUGAUGUUCAUAGUGAGCAAGAUACCCACCACGCGCGGCAAGCCCGCCCGCGCCGACGUCAUGCUGCAGAGCAUCCUGCUCAAGUCCCUGCUCAAGGUGGGCACGACGUACAAGACGAGCGAGCUCAGCAAGGCCUUCCCCGCCGCCUUCCUGGAGGCGCUGCUGCGGCUGUCCGCGGCCGCGGGAGACUCGCCGCCGCCCGUCCUCUUGCAGCGGAUACUGCACACGCUGCUCGACAGGAGGGGCAACGCGCACCUGCUGGCCGAGCCCACGGUGGAGUACGAGGCGCUGGGCCUGUCUGUGGGCAAGUGCUCGCGGCCCGACCUCAUAUUCAUCAGCAAACACGGCUACGCCAUAUUUAACUCGCUGUACGAAGGGUUACAGCUGGAGUCCAACAACCUGGAGAACAUCAGCGCCAUCUACACCACGCUGGCGCUGCUGUUUGUGGAGCUGGCCUCGGACGAGACGGUGUGCGACAUGCUGCAGCUCGUGCUGUCUAUCCAGCAGUCCGCGCUGUCCAACCCGGUGCUGUCCGUGUGGCAGCAAUGUUCGCUGCACGUCGUGUGCGCGUCCCUGGCGGCGCUGGUGUGUCACGUGAUGAUGCUGCCCGCCCUGCAGCACUACAUCACUCAGAUCGUCGACGCUCGCCGCGAGGAGGCGCCGCAUCUCUUACCGCCGCUGAAGCAAUACGACCAGCUGCCUCCCUCCAAGAUGCCCAGCAAACUGCCCUACCUCAUGAUAGACCAGAUGGCGUUGUCGGAGUGUUUGUCAUCGUGCGGGGUGGAGGGUAGUCGACUGUCGAGUGGCGCUCGGUACGGCCCAGCUGUACACAGGCACUCCUGGGUUGAAGCUGGAGCUGCCCAGGGUAGAGACAGCUUGGCAGACAUCUCAGCCGGGCCCACCACGGAUCUGGACAGCGCUAACAGCUCUCCAGGUGUACAGAGGAGAAUUCAGUACGACGAUCUGGACGAGGAGUACAGACAGUUCAUAGAGAAAUAUAACCACAACCACCGACCCACCGCACACGACUUCGGAACAUACCAUUCCGGUCAGAGCGAGAGUGUCAGUUUGGAGGCGCUUGUGUCCGCAGCCCGCGGUCCCAGCGAGGCGGAGAGGAAGGACGCCGAGAGACGCCGCGCCACCCUCAACAACACGUUCAGGACGGCGCCAUUCACCAGUUUACUGAGACUCACGCAACCCAAGUAUGAGAUAAAGGAUAAACUGGAGGAGAUCUUCAACUCCCUGUCCGAGGAACCUCUCCUGGCUCCGACGGCUAACUCCCCUGCGGCCAAGUGUCAGAAUGCACCAUACAACAAGUACUUCCCAGAACUAUUCCUAUACUAGACGGCGAUGGCUGCUUAAUGUAUCUCUGCUGCUUCGCAUAACAUAAAUACUUCCAAAAUUUAAUAUACUCAAGAAUAAACGAUUUAUUUAAGACAUAUAAUGUUUCAUGUGGGUAGUUAUUAGUGUCUUUGUUUCAAUAUUUAUUGGUUAUUGAGAGCGCUAAGUGUUGGUUAUCUCAAGGUGUGGUUUUGUUAUUGACACAUUAAUAUGUUGAGAGAGUACGUAGUCUUCUUUCGUAUAUAGCUCUGUGGUUACGGUGGACUAUUAUGAUCGACCAGACUUAAUAUCUAAAUAUAUUAAAGUUAUGUAAGAAUAGUAUUAUUUUUAUUUAAACUAUUAUGAAAGUUUACGGUUACAUUCCAUUGAUAUGAGAUAUUGAGUAAAGGAAUCUCUUAGCGGUAAACUAAUGUACUGUGAUUAAUUACAAAUAAAGCCUCUUUAUAAAUUUAUGUAACAGUUGAUAUCUUUCUGACUCGGUGAAGGCAAUGGUAUUUUUUUUAGUUUUUACUUACAUUUUUAUUGGUGUUACGUAUUUAGUAGAUUUUAGGUAUAAAACGACUAAUAGUAUACUUCAGAUAUCACUGAUAUUAAAUAAAAGAGAAAAUGACCUUAUUUUUUCUAAAUGUCAAUAGGGUUGUCUCUGAACUAGCAUUUAUUUACAGCUCAAAUAUUUAGGACCAAUGUAACCAGUAGCUUGCAUUUGCUAACCCUGAGCCUUAAAUAUAUAACAAAGCAUUUAAAAAUUUAUUAUAUCUCACUUUAUUAUAACCUGUUUGAGAAAUUAACAAAAUGUAAUCUUUUACUGUAAGCACCCGAUGUAACAUAUACCUUAUUGUAUCUUUACUCUUAAGACAAUACUUUUACUUUAUAAGAAAUGUUUCAAUGUAUCCAUGUUUGUUGUCAGAGGUAGCGUAGGUUGUGUUCAAACAAUAAAUACGGUUCGGUGA